UUACGUAGUAUGGAUAAAAAUACCUGGAAAUACCUAGAAAUACUUAGCAAUACCUGGAAAUACAUAGAAAUACAUAGAAAUACGGAAAUACAGAAAUACGCUUUUCCCCCCUAGUUCUGAUAUCACCAAAACUAAGAUCAGAACCUUCUUCGCUUAUAUAUGCCCACUCUGCCUUCUCAUAGACACACAAAGCAACUACAUAUUGUUUCACAUUUAAAUCAUAUAAGGAUUGUGCUAACAACUUCUUUUUGUCUGAUUUAGUUAUUUUCGAUCGACAUCAUUUGGAGUUGGAAUCGGUGUUCCUGGUGUAAUUAAUGUUGCAGUAGGGUAUAGUGAAACAUUGAAACAAAUUCAAGAAGCCAUAACAAAAAGUGAGAAAGCCGUCGGAAUAUCAACAAUAUGGUGGGGUCUUUAUUCAGUUCAACUUGCUCCGCCUUUUCUUCUUAAAUUGGAUCCAAUUUUUAUUCAAAGUGUUGAUUUAUUAGCAUCUGAAGCAUCGAAUCCAUCUAAUGAAGAAAAUCAAAUAUAUUAUAAUCAAUUUAUUGAAACAUUUGGAACACAUUAUGUUUCUCGUAUUAUAGUUGGUGGUACAGCUCAUUUAUAUACAUUAAUGGACCAAAGUUAUUACAAAGAAUCUUCAUAUGAAGAAAGAACAAGUCAAGUUAGUUUAAUGUUUCAAUAUAAACAAUAUAAUGGUCAAAUUGGAUCCAAUUCAAAUGAAAUUUGGGCUUCAAUGAAAGAAAAAUUUAGGACUACUUCAUCUACAUUAUCUAUUUUUCGACCUCCAGUAGCAAGUAAAGAAAAUAAAUCAGAUUGGGAAACAUGGCAAAAUGUAGCUGGUAAUUAUCCAGUUGUAAUUAAUCGAACAUUAUUUUCUAUUCAUGAUUUAAUCAAAGAUAAACCAACGGUUCGAGAACAUUUACGUAAAACAAUAGAAUUUUAUUUACAAAAAGGCGUAAUGCCAACAUUAGCUGAAUUGAAUGGUCAAAGUAAAAGUCGUAAUUCUUUAAUAUCACCAAAACCUCAAGGUUCUAUAAUUGGACUUGAUGUUGUUGGUUGUGGAUAUGAUCCUCUUUUGUUAGAAAGUAAAUAUUGUAUAUUUGAUCAAAGUAAUUUCACUGAAAAUGAACCAUGGUCAGAUCCAUAUAAUAAAACAUUAAUGUAUUCAAUACCUAAUGGAUGGUUUGCUGUUAAUACUCCUGAAUCAUUGACAUUGGAUGGUUCAAUUUUAGUAACAUCUGUAGAAGAUUAUUUUCGUCAGACAAGAACAGUUACUGUUAGAAAGUCAGGUGGUUUUAUAGGUAUUGGACAAAAACGUAUUCAAAGAACAGUAACUGAAUUUUAUCGUCGUUUCUAUCAAGAUUAUUAUAAUUUAGUACUUCGAAUGAAACAAAUGGGUUGGUAUACAUUAUCAGUAUCAGCAUUUCCAUAUCCAAAAUUAAAUCCAACAGCUCAAGUCGCCUUUGAUAAUUUACCAACACAUUUUGAUGUAAAAGAUUUAAAAAUUUGGCAAGAUUUUUUCGAUAUAUUUGGAACACAUGUUGUUGUAUCAUCUAAUAUGGGUGGUCAAGUUUGGGCAGAAACAUGGUAUGAAAAAUGUUUAACUUAUGAACAUACACAAACAUGGAUUGAUGAACAAGUAACAACGAAUUGGUUAUUUUUCAUAUCAAGCAGAGGUACACACGAUUAUAGACAACAAGUCGAUGAACGUUUUCGACAAUAUNUCUCAUAA